ACCCAUCCUGCCUGCUAACCUCAGCUAGCUUUUACUCAAACACCACUAGAUAUGCCAUAACAGCUGCUUUUAACCUGCUCACAGUGUAAAUAGCAUCUUAACUCGAGGUUUAUGCAGGCUUGUGGACUCUAUUCAUCUUUCAGCAUCUUUAAACGGAGGGUUAUGAUGAAUGUGAACGAUAGUUAGCUUCGUAGCUAAUAGCCGAUUAACAACAAACUGACAGUAUUAUGCUUGACGUGGGUAAGUGGCCGGUAUUCGCCCUCCUGCCCCCUGAGGAACUGCGGCUCGUCCGUCAAGCCUGUGUGUUCGGCAGCGCUGGCAAUGAGGCCAUCUAUGUUACUGUCAAUGAUGAGAUGUUUGCACUGGGAACAAACAGCAGUGGCUGCUUGGGACUCGGGGACACACAGAGCACCAUAGAGCCCAGGCGGAUCGACAUCCUGUGUGGCAAGAAAAUUAUCUCUUUGAGCUACGGCACGGGACCACAUGUGGUCAUCGCCACUGCAGAUGGAGAAGUUUAUGCCUGGGGUCACAAUGGCUACAGUCAGCUGGGAAACGGCACCACCAACCACGGCCUAACUCCUGCCCUGGUCUCCACCAACCUUAUCAACAAGAGAGUGACAGAGGUGGCCUGCGGCUCUCACCACACCAUAGCCCUCACCACAGAGGGAGAGGUGUAUGCCUGGGGCUACAACAACUCUGGACAGGUGGGCUCAGGCUCCACAGCCAACCAGCCCACCCCGCGCAGGGUCAGCAGCUGCCUUCAGAACAAGGUUGUAGUGAACAUCGCCUGCGGACAGCUCUGCUCCAUGGCCGUCCUGGACAACGGAGAGACCUAUGGCUGGGGUUAUAAUUGCAAUGGGCAGCUCGGUUUGGGCAACAAUGGCAACCAGCAAACCCCCUGCCGUAUUGCCGCCUUACAGGGAAUCAACAUCGUACAGGUGGCAUGUGGCUAUGCACACACACUGGCUCUUACAGACGAGGGCUUUGUUUACUCUUGGGGUGCGAACUCCUACGGGCAGCUGGGUACAGGGAACAAGAGCAACCAGGCUGUGCCCACCCUCAUCAACAUGGACAAAGAGAGAAUGGUUGAGGUCGGCGCAUGUCACACAAGCCACACAUCAGCGGCAAAAACGCAGAGUGGCCAGGUGCUGAUGUGGGGUCAGUGUCGGGGUCAGGCUGUGGCGUACCCUCACCUCACACACUUCACCAGCACCGAUGACGUCUUCGCCUGUUUCGCCACACCUGCGGUCACCUGGCAUCUUCUGUCUGUGGAUGGAGAUGACUAUCUGACUGUUGCCCAGUCACUAAAACGAGAGUUCGACAGCUCAGAAAUCUCUGACCUCAAGUUCCUGGUUGAUGGGAAGUGUAUCCAUGUACAUAAAGCACUUCUUAAAAUCAGGUGCGAGCAUUUCCGAGCAUUGCUGAAUGAGACUGAUGAAGAGACCAUUGAGAUUCAUCAGUUCUCUUAUCUGGUUUACCGUGCUUUCCUGGAGUACCUGUAUACAGAUACCAUCAGCCUCCCACCGGAGGAUGCUAUUGGUCUGCUGGAUUUGGCCACAUACUACCGUGAGAGUCGUCUGAAAAGACUGUGUCAAGAGACCAUCAAAAGAGGCAUCACAGAGGAGAAUGCUAUAAAACUGCUCUCAGCUGCUGUGAAGUAUGAAGCACAGGAUCUGGAAGAGUUCUGUUUCAAGUUUUGCGUUAACCACCUGACGGCCGUCACUCAGACGCAGGCCUUCGCCGACAUGGAUCAUGACCUGCUGAAGAACUUCAUCAGUAAAGCCAGCCGUUACGGGGCCUUCAAAAACUAACACAGAGAGAGAGAGAGAGAGACAGCACUGAGGUCCAGGCUUGAGAGAUUUUCUAUACUGGCUCUGCUAUAUCCAGGCAUGUUACCUCAGACACCUUGGUUUUGGUGAGAGAUAAGACAAAUUCCUGUGGUUGAAGCGUGAAGAUAAUGGGAAGCCACUGGUUGUCUCCUAGGUCCCAGUGCCUUUAAAUUACAUGCCCCCAUGUGAAGCCCUCCAUAAAUGGAAGAAUUCAAGAUGAGUGCAGGAAAACACUCCGGAUUCAAAGGGACCUGAAGAUUCUUAUGAAAGAGCUAAAGAUAAAUAUUAAAUAUCACUGCAGAGGUGCUAUAUGUUCAAGGGAUUAAUCUCUGCUUAAGCAAAAGGGAAGAAGCAUCUUAUGUAGUAGAUGGCCGAUGGAGAAAGAGUCAUGUUAAAGUUAUUGAAUUAUACAUUUUUUGGGGUUUAGUUGACAUUCAUACGCUUCAUAUUAGAAGAACCUUUGAGCAGUAAUACAACAUAUUAUAGCAGUAUAGCAUGAUUUUUAACUGUACAUAAUGGCGCCAAUUUAAUUUAAUUUACAAAUCCAUGUUAUUUACUUUUUUUACUGACAAUAAUGUACAUUUGACAUUAUCAUACUCUCUUGUGUAUUAUUUUGAUUAUGUCAGAAAGGUCAAUAUCUGUGCUUCUGUCUGUAAUAUUUGUACAAGCACUAACAUGAGUGCCAUUGAAGCUGGGAAAUGGUGCGGUCUGGUGGUGUUGAUAUAUGACUUUCAUGUGCCCAUAUUCUCUUAUUCAUUUACUUUACAUUGACAGAGAAGGGGUGAAUUUUUACAAAGCCUGUCAAGAUAUGUCCAGGAAGAUAUAUUUUAGCCCAAAAUCAAGAUAAACAAAAUUCAAUUUUGCAUAAAGAAAAUUAAACUUAAUUUUUUAACACUUUUUUAUUUUUUGCAUUGUGACAUUAUUCUUAUGUCAGUUAAGCAUACCCCAACCCCAAUUCUCAUUACCAUAUUGCAAAAAAAACAAAAAACACUCUCAGUACUGUAAUAAUAAAAAAUAAAACAUUAUCAUAUUGCAAAAAAUCUCAUUCUCAUUGCAGUAAUAUGAGAAAACAUUCUCAUUAUCAUAUUGCAAGAAAUCAUUCUCAUUUCCAGAAUUAAAAAAACUCAUUCACAUAACUAUGGUGCAAAAAAACAUUCUCAUUACCAUAUUGCAAAAAAUUUAAUUUUUAUUAAUGUAAUGUGAAAAAAGUAUAAUUCUCAUUACUGUGAUGUAAAAAAAAAAAAAAUCUCAUUCUUAUUACCACGAUAUGAAAAAAGAAUAUUCUCAUUACCGUAUUGCAGAAAAACUCAUUCUCAUUACCGUAAGGUAAAAAUACAAUAACAUUUUCAUUACCGUAAUGGAAAAACAAACAUUCUCAGUACUGUAAUGUGAAAAAAAUAACAUUCUCAUAUAUGUAUUGCAAAACAAACACAUUCCCCUCACCAUGAUAUGUAAAAAUUACAUUCUCAUUACCAUAAUGCAGGAAACCUCAUUCUCAAUAGCAUAUUUCAAAAAAAUCUCACUCAUUACCGUAAUGCGAAUAUAAUGACAUUUGCAUUAUUGUAAUGAGAAAAAAAUGCCAUAUUACUUCAAUUGUAAAGUAUUUAUGCUGCUCUGCAAAGGCAGAACACAGUAACUACACAUCUCUCUCUCUCUCACACACACACACACACACACACACACACACACACACACAUAUAUAUAUAUAUAUAUAUAUAUAUAUAUAUAUCACAUAUACUGUAUAUACGUACAUAUAUUAUAACUACACACUUUAUAAUCCACAUUUGGCUGCACGGUCAAAAAAACGUUUGAAAUUUUUUGCUUAAUUGUCAUGAAAAUGUCAUAAUUCAAAAAAUCGUUUUGGUCCAAAAAACAGACUUAAUUUUGAUGCAAAAUUUGUCUCCGUUUGAAUUUGGGUUGAAAUAUGACAUAUUUGCAUGAGAUUUACCCUAAAAGGUUUAUUUUACCUACAGGAAUCAUUUUUGAAAUUUUUUCUCAUUCAUGACUGCAUCAGCCAACCAACCUAACCUUGAAAUGGCACUUAAAGCAACAUUGUUUUAAUUCAAGGGUUUUCGCUAAGUUUAACAAGCACAACAUGCAAUGAGAGAGAUGAUUUACUUGAAUGAAUGUAUGAAAGUCUUUGUGGUUUUGAUGAUCAGUUAUAAAGUCUGUUCACAUUUGUUUACACACAGUUAAGGAGUCUCUGUUCUGUUACAGAUAUUUCUACAUGAUUCCCUUCAUUUUUAGCCCCAUAAAUUAGGCCAAGACUGCUAACCCUGCCCGAUCUGGCAUUGGGAAUACUUAUUUAAAACUUAGAAGUCUAGUUUUUCCUUAUAAACAAAAUCUCAUAAAGCACUUUGAAAAUGAAAUGUCCUAGAUAUGUUCAAAACUGUUGUGUUACAUGAUUGUCCUCUAAAAUGUUAAACUUUAUAAUACAUUUAUACGCAUAUUGCC